AUGAAUAUUGAAAGUGCUGCUAUAAAUAUAUUAAAACGAGGCGUGGAAUUAGAUACCAAAAAGAGGUAUACAGAAGCCCUUGUGUGCUACCAGGAAGGUUUGCAAAUAUUAGUAGAUAAGAUAAAAAAUGAACAUGAUGAUGCUGCCAAAAGUUACCUUCGCAAGAAAAUUGAAGAAUAUAUGAACAGAGCAGAAGCUAUUAAGAAAUUAGUAUUACAGCAGAAAGAGGCUGGUCAGUUUCAUGAACAAGUGCUCAUAGAGAAUAAUUCCACAGGUCACAGCUAUAAAUCAUUAUUUGGUAGAUUUCUAGAUGGAGAAGUACAAUAUGUACUUGUUGAAGAUCCUUAUAUAAGAAAUUUUCAUCAGUGUCAGAAUUUUCUCAGAUUGUGUGAGUUAGUAGUAAAAUCAUGUGAAAAUUUACAACACAUAGAAUUAUUGACAACUAAAGACAGCAAAUCAGAAAGUGAUCAAUGGGAGUGGUUUUCAAACUUACAGAAUGAUUUACUCAAAUACAGAGUCCAGUUAAUUAUAAAAUAUUCGGAAACACUGCAUGAUAGACAAAUAACGUUAAGUUCAGGUUGGAUAAUCAAAAUUGGCAGAGGUUUAGACUUUUAUAAAGCACCAGAAAACAAAUUUUGUCUUGGAGUUUAUGAUUUAGACUUACGACAAUGUCAUGAAACAACAGUUGAUAUAGUUCAUUCAAAAAAUAUUAAGCAAUCUUAUGGA